AUGGACAACAGGAAGUUCCUGCGAAUAGGGAAGAGCGUCGUGCACGGGCGCACGGGGCCGCUGAGGGGGGACAUGGGGAACGCGGCAGAGGAGCAGGAGAUGGGAAAAGGCACAGCAAAAGGUGGAAAUCCCGGGCGUGGGGGUGGCAAGCCAGCCGGAGAAGUACCCCAGGAUGAAAGCGCACUGAACAGCCACUUCAACGCAGAGGAGGGGGAAAACAACAGUGGUGAUAUUUUCGAGCAGCUACUGCAGAGGGAACUAGCCAAGGGGGCGUUAGGUGGAGGGGUGGUGGGAAAGAACGCGAAUAAAAUGAAGGGAUCCAUGGUCGAGGAGAAGGACGAGGAGUUUGAAAAGGGGAAGAGCAAUGUUAAUAGAGCAUAUGACAAGAGAGAGAAUACGACCAACAGCGCUAGUGCAAAUGACCCAACGGGAGGAAGUAAAAUAGCUAGCGCUGAAGAAGACACAGAAGAUCUAUCAAAGAUCGACUUAACCGUACGAAUAAACAGUAGUCAGGUAAAAUUUCGCAUGCACGGAUACAACCAAGUGAUUAAAUGUUUCACGGGUGAAGAUAAUACGAAGGAAAAAAUGGAGAUGGUUAAUCUGCUCUUUAAGGAUGAGGAGAAGGUUGUUAAAUACUUAGGGGACAACAAUUUAAUAUGCCAGAUAAAAGCCGCCGAAAUGACAGCAGAGUAUAUCAACGUACUGAAGGAAAUUCACUUUUACAAUUUUAAGGAGAUGUACCCAAAUGAGGAGGAAUUAAUAAACUCAUUUGUGAACGAUGUGAAGAAUAAAUUAUUUUCCAUUUUUGGAAAAAUUGAAAAAGUGUUAAUUGAGAAAAUUUUAACCAACGCCAAGUCUUUUGACAGUGGUUACAAUAUCGUGAGCAAGACAAUUGAGUUUUGUUCCAGCGAUAAGGUAACCGUAAAUAUAUUAACUAUUCUGUGUGAACAUAUGCAUGGAAUAUAUUUGAAGGCAAACAAAUCCGUGUCAAAUAUUAAGGGGGUUAAGAUCAAGGUCAUUUCAUCUGUUCUGCAAUUGUUACACAAACUGCUUAGCAAUUUUGGAGCCUCCGUCAUAUGUGUGAAGACGCUAAAUAAGUUCUGCUUCAAAUUUAACGAAAUGAUGGAUAAAAGUGUCAAAACGAAUUUUUACCUCCUCUAUAUUGAAAUGCUCAGUCAGAUAAAAAACGCAGAAUUUCAAAACUGCAUUUUGAACGAACUGAACAGUCAGCAGAAGAAUUAUAUAACGAAGGAAUUGCAGAAGGAGGAGUACCAAAGAGGAGCAGGGGCGAAACACUGGGUCAGUACCUACCUACUGAAUCAGUGUAGCAGUGGCCAGCAUAAAUUUGCAGAUGGAAAUGAUCCCCUGAAUGAUAACUCCUUCUCAAAUAAUGUAAACAAUUUAAUUGAAGAGGCAGACGUUUUUAGGGAGAUUUGCACAAAGCAGUGGGAAAAAAGAGUCCUCGAAGGAUGCAUCGAUAAAAACGUCAACAAUAGCAACAACAAUAACAACAGUAGUAGCAACUCCUUGAGCAAUGAAAACUUACUACCGUGGAAAAUUAAAGUGGAAGCCAUCAAUCUUUUAUACGACAAAAUGAAGGCCAAGUGUUCAAUUAAGAAGACGCCAUAUAUCAGCACCAUUUUAAACAUAAUUAACAAGCUGCUGAAAAAUGAGUCUGCUCUGCCCGUUGUGGUGUCUACGCUGAAAUUACUUCACAUGUUGAUUGAGAAAUUUGAAAAGGAGAUAUACACCACUGUCAAGUCCUUCUCCUUUGUUUUGUGUGCAAAGUUGAAGGAUUCAAAUAAACAGGUAUCCAAUGCGUGUAUGGAAUGUUUGACUAAGGCUAUCUGUGUUUAUAGCAUCGAUACUUUUAUCGACGAUUUGUCGAAGAAUCUGAAGGAUAAAAAUAAUAACACGAGAAUGGUCACCCUGGAUUUUUUGCUCAAAGUGUUUGAUCAUGUGGAGAGGAAGAACGUUGUAUCCAUCAUUGAGGUUACGAAGCAUUUGCUUAACGAUACCGUUGCGAAUAUUAAGAACACUGCAUGUAAGAUGUACUCUCUCAUUGUGACAAAUUUCGGGGAGGAGGUGCACCCCUCCUUCUUCGGCUCCCUGCCUUCGAACAAGAAGAAGUCCAUUUUGGCUCUCUGCGUGGGCGUAAGCGGGGGGAAGACGAAAGCGGGGGGAAUCAAUACAGGAGGUGGCGUAACAAACACGGGUACUGUUAGUGGGAUGGGUCGGCCACCACCCCAUGGUGAAGACCCAAACGGCAACAGAACAACGGCAGGUGCCGCCCAACAAGGGGAUAACGUCGAAUUGGUGCUACCCGAAAGCAUCACCAACAAUUUGAAGUCAAAUAACUACCCCACCAAAAUAGAAGCGAUACACGAAUUGACCAAAUGGAUCAGCUCCGAAAUGAACAUGGCUAAUGUGCACUUAGAGAACCUGCUAAACUUUAUAAAAAAAAAUUGCUACGAUUUUAAGGGUAAAUACAUCCAGUUGAAUAACUCCAUAUAUGAUUUUUUCAACCAGCUGGUGGAUCACCUCUACCAUUUUAAUAUCCACCAAGGGAACAAUCCCCACUUUGUUAAAGUGAUGAAUGUCCUCAUUCCUCUUUACAUGGAAAAGACGAAGGACAAAAAGGACACCGUCCUUUGCAACAACUUCCUUCAGAAGUGCUUCCAGUAUUUCGACAACAACAUAAUUAUGGACAUCGUGAUAAAGAACAGCGACGCGAAGAAUGCUAAAAAAUGCGAGGAGUGCAUCAAAAUUCUGCAGAAGUUAUUUCUCUCCAGGGGGGCUAACUCGGCUACAAACACGGGAGGUACUACCACCGGUAAUGGCUCCUCCACCCCAAGCGUUAACGUAAAGAGCCUCAUCUUUUUCCUGAAAAAGUUCGUCGACUCGAAGAACACAAAUUUGAAAAACUCCUCCAUCCUGCUGUUGCAACUUUUGAGCAGGAACUAUGGAAACAAAUAUGUACUGUCCCACUUGGAGGGCAUCUCCGAAAACGUUCGGCAGUCGGUUAAAUCGAAGGAGGACGUAGAGCGCUUUGUGCAGAGACAGGGGUUGCAAUACUCCACCUCCUUAGUAAACACGGCAGAUACUAACAAGUGCAGCGGCGGCAGCGUGCGUGCUGGGGAAAAGGGCAAGAAAAUAGGGGGUCCCCCUAUGAUGCCUGAUCAGCCCAGAUGGGAAGAGGAACCUCAAGGGGAAAACCCCCACGUUAGCAGCCACGUUAACAGCCACGUUAACACCCAUGUUAGUGGUCAUCCAAGUGGCCACAACACCAAAUGGGAGGAGGGCAACCAAGACGAACCCCCCUCGGGAACCCAAAACAACACCGUCGAAAUAGACUACACUAAUACGUACCUAAAUUAUAAGAGCACCAAAAUGGUUGCAAAGAAAGAGGACAGUGAGGAGCAGUUCUCCAAUCACAUGAAAGAAUCGGAUGUUCAGGAAAAGUGGAAAGUGCCAAAUAGGAACGACCACGUAGAGUAUAACGAAGGGGAAGAAGACCAGGAUGACGAGCAGGAUGAGCAAGAUGAAGAGGAGGAAAAAAUGGUGAACAUAAGUGAUAUGGUUAGGGAGCACGUGAAGCAUAUAAUGAGCGAAGGAAACCACGCCAGUAAUCACAUCACAAAAAUUAUUAACGUAAUAGAGAAGGUGGGUAAAUACUAUAUUAACCCAAACAAGUUGGAGGUCCUUCUGAACAAGGAAACCAUGCACAGAAUUUUAAGUAUCAGUAAGAGCAAGUGUGCAGAACUUUUAUACGUCCUAAUGUUUUCGUUAAGGGAUAAUGUUCACCUCUUCGUGGAUACCAUCCUGGAUUGCAUUGUGAGGAUGAUUGACGAGGUAGACGUUCCCACUGAACAGAUAGAUAAGUUACUCUCCUGCAUGUGUAAGAACAUAGGAAUUUCCAAAUAUAUUGGAUGCAUAAAUGGGUUCAUUAUGAGCGAAAAAUUGAGCAACAUGCGGGAGGAUGGGGGUACUUCCCUCAUCCAUGCUAGUGGUCAAUCGAGUGGCCGUUUGGAUAGCCAAACCAAGCGACCCGCAAAGAGAAACAAAAUCCAAGUGCUUAUCAACAAUAUUAAUACAAACCACAUUCUUCUUUUAAACGAAAACGUUAUAAAGAAGAAGGUUCUGAGGUUCUACUUGGACCUCUUCCUCGAUGACAGUGAACACGUUAGGCAAAAGGCUAGCAUUGUGUUAGACCACAUUUAUGCAAAGUAUAAGGGAAGCAUUUUUUUAGAAAUUUAUGAAAAAUUAUCUCUUCACAAGAAGGAAUGUCUUCAUGAUAUAAUAAAUCAAAUGAAAAUAUCAAAGGAAGACUUUUCCUUUUAUUCCAUUCUCAUGUCCAACAGUUCACAAAUGAAGCGCAUUUCAAACAACGAAAAUAAUCUGAACGUCACAACUCCGACGUUGUCUAAAUCGAGGAGCAUUAAGAGGCUUAGCUCUAUCAGCAAAAAUAAAAUUUUAAAAAUUGAGUUUCCGCCUUAUCAUAAGAUAAAGGUGGACACCCUCAAAUGGGAGAAGCACCUGGACCAGGCACACACCAACUACCUCAUGAGGGAGUUCAAGCCCUUUAGCAGUUCGGAUCUGAUUCUUCACAUGUUCAGUGACAAUGCGAAUAUGGUUAACAGGAGCAUCCUCUUUUUUAAGGACUACCUGAGCAACAGCUCCAACCAGUCGACGUUCUUCUCCAAGUCGGGUUUCCUCGACCUGCUCCUCAAGUGGAUCUUCUACACACUGAACGGCCACCAGAACAAUAAUGAGCUGCUCUGCGCGUGCAUAAAUUUACUGAGGAUAAUUCUAAAAACGAUUGAAGAUAAUUAUGUGUACCUGAAUGAGCAGGAGUUGGUCAUUUUGGUCAACUUCAUUUGGGACCGCAUGAACAAUGGGGCGACCUCCUCGGAGAUACGAAAAAAACUGAAGGAGAUCCUCCUCUGUCUGUGCUACAUCUCGGACCACAAGCUUUACUUUUCCCUCCUGUUGAAGAACCUUUCGUCGUGCAACCAAAAGCGUAUAUGCGACUCGCUGGACAUAAUUUUGAAGCUGAUCAUUCUAUACAAGGAGAAGUGCCUGCAUCUGGAGAAGGACGUGAUGAAGAUUCUGCAGGUCUUCACAAUUCACAGCAAAAACAAGAACGUUACCAUGUACUGCCUGAAGAUUUUUGCGAACAUCCAGUCCUUCUGCGCCAACUUUUACAAGUGCAUUGACAACGACGAUAUCUCGACCUACCUAAAAAGGAAAGUUGAUGAAUUUGUUGAGAAUUGCCCAGAUUAUAAAAUUUCCCCGAAGGACACGGAGGACGACGAAAAUAACAGCUCCUACCAAAGCGACGACUCCGAAGGCAUCCCCAAAGAGAAGGGAAACCACGAACUGACGGCCUACCUGAAGAACAACGCAAGUCAGAGGAACUCCAUAAGGAAGGAAGUGGAAGGACACGUGAAUGAGUUCCGCAAAAGCGUCGAGGAAGUGCUAGAGGUAAAAAAAAAAAUCGAAGAGAUCGAAAUGGACCGGACAAAUGAAGACUACAUGAACGACCAAAUAUCCUACGUGAGCAUCUCCAACAAUUUAAAGUUUGCCAUUGAGGGAAAUAGCUACUCAAGGAACAAGGAAAUUUUUCACAUUUUGGAGUCUAAAAAUAAUGAGAAGGUGGAGGGAUCAAACAGCUAUGAGAAUUCUCUGGUGUAUUUUCGCUUCGUGUACUUGGCUUCUUUUCUUUACUCCAAUGAUGUGGAAACCAUUUCGAAGGUGUGCAAGCUCAUAGUGGACAAUAUCGUGCAGGUCGGGAAGAAGAGCAAAAACGGCAAUUUCAUCCUGAAAGAAAACGGGAACUACAUUUUUAAAAACUUCAAUUUGUUUGUCACCCUAAUCAAGGGAGCGAACUACUCGCUCAGGUUUCUAUUCCAGAAAGGUUUUGCCAAGGAUGUAAAUGCAUCUUUCGUUCAUUUUAACGCGAUCCUCAGUAAUGUACUCUUGGUGGAUAUUUUAAUGAAGAAGAAAAGUUGCAUCGCAAGACUGUCCUUUAAUCAUUUCUCCUUUUUUUUUAUAAACACAAUAGUCUGUUUGAGUAUAUAUACCAAGGUUAUUCACACGAACAAGUACAUUUAUUUUUUUAAAAAUGGGUCCAUUGCUAGGAGUCUCGUUACAAGCAUUCUUAACAACCUAUUAGGAAGAGAGUUUCUCACAAGCCACUCCAAGUUGCUUGAAUACGUUUGUAACGUGUCCCUAAAUUUAGGGUUCGACAUUAUGAAAAAUAAAAAGAUCCUUUUAGACGAUCUGAGCGAUACGAGCGAAUUCUACAUCUACACAAAUACGUACAUCAAAAUUCUGAACAAAAUUUAUAAAAAAAUUAUGAACAAAAUAUGUGAGGAAGAUCAGAAAGACAAUCCUUUCGUGUAUAGGAUUCUCCACCUUUUGUUUUUAAACUUAAACAGGUAUGACAUUUACUUGGGUAGGAUGCAGGGUGAUCGGAACAGGAAGAGGAAAAUGGAGGGAGAAAAGAAUGAACUACCAAUCGGGGGAAGUGUAAACUCGGGGUCCUUUUACAGUAAGAAGAUAUGCAACAGUGAGAGGCUCAGCGAGGAUGCAACUGGUGGGGGUGGUGAUGGCGUCAUCCCCCCGGGGGAGAACUCAGACCAUUCCAUUUUUGACUGUCGUGCUAUUUAUUAUGAGAACUUGGGUGCAAUACACUCUGGUGGGAAUAGCAUCACCGGGGAUGGCAACGGUGCGUUAACUACUGGCAACGGUGCGUUAACUACUGGCAACGGUGCAUUAACUACUGGCAGCGGUGCAGUGACUACCGGCAGCGGUGCAGUGACUACCGGCAGCGGUGCAGUGACUACCGGCAGCGGUGCAGUGACUAGUGGUAGUGGUGGAGUUGCUUCGACCUGCCCCGUCGGGAAGAGUGACACCGUGAGUUGUGGUAACGCGAUCAGGGGAAGUCUUGCAACUGGCAGGGCGAGCAACGCCGGAAGGGGCAGCAUCCCCCCGAGGGCGAGCAACACGCAGCUUCGAUUGAACAAUGCACACCUUCGACUGAGCAAUACACAGUUCCGAUCGAGCAACACACAGCUGCGUUUGAGCGGUACCAGCAAAACGGCGAGCGUCACCCAGGAGGUGGAGAAUGAACCCAGUGUGGACGCACCGAAGCAACCAUGCAACAACAUAAAAGAGACCCCCUACUCAAGGGAAGAAGAAAACAAAGUAAACGCAAGCAGAAUGGAAUUCAUGAACAAGUACCUUUUUUUCAUUCAACUUAUCUUCUACGGGAUCAAAAAAAACAAUCCACUAAUUUUACUAGCCUAUAUAAAUCACGAAAUAAAGAAAAGCUACUCAUUGAACCUACCCUUCUAUUAUGAAAAAAUGGAACUUCUGUUAAAUAAAGACGUGAGGAAUUGCGUACCAACGAUCAGCGUAAACACAUCAGUGGAAUUCUAUGGGUUGGAUUUUUCCUUCGAGAAGUUUUUAAAUGAUCAUGAGAAUUUGCAAAAAUUAGAAGAACCCAUUUUUAAUUCCUACAAAAAUGUAUUCAGCCAGUAUUCAAAUUUCGACUCGGAAAUUAUUUACAACAAUUUCGAUCUGUCUAUCGAUGACGCAGUUCAUAAGAAAAGAGAGUUCCUCGAAUCGCUGAAAAUGAUGAACGUGAACGAAGUAGCUUUCAGCUCAAAUAAAUAUGAGCAUUUGAAGGCAGCUAUUUUGGAGUACAUAAACGAGUUGGAGAACACGGAGGUGCUGGACGAUAUUCAGAACGUGGACCUUGUGUCGGAUUAUAACUUUCUUUGCACCAUGUAUAGGAUCCCGAAGGAAGUGGAGAAGCAGGUCCCAGCUGGGGGGGACCAUCCAAAGGGGGACUAUUCAAAGGACCAACCUGUAGGGGACCCCCUGGAAGAAAACAACUGCUCAGACAAACGGAACGACACGAAUGUGAUCCACGGAGAAGAUCAAAAGGUGCCCAAUUUGGUGAACGGGGCGAAGAAUGUAGGAGAGCAGAAGGAUGAAGACAACCCGGGGAAACCCAAUCAAACGGAAGAGGAAGACAAACCCCCCCUUGGGAACGACCACACAGAUGGAAGUAGCACCCAAAAUAACUUUCCCGAUAAGGAAAAGAAAGACGUGACAUUUAUUAGUCGCAGUAUUUAUCUACGAAACGACACCGUUGAAAAUAUUGACCUGAAUGAAUUGCGCUUCAAAUAUGAUUCUACCCUGAGGGAGUUGCCCCCUGGUAUGGCUGAGAAGGGAAAUUACGGAUUCGGUGUGAAGGACAAUAAAGUGAGUGAAGCGAAUCAGAUGGGUGCCAACUCAGGGGUGGUCACAAAAGAAGGAAUGGAAAGUCACUCUGGGGAAAAGAAACACCACACUAGUGCUGCGUACAGUACUGUGUACGAUAUGAAGAACCCCCUAAAUAUUUUUAACAGUAGCAAAUUUGAAACACAUAAAAGAGGGGGAGGAAACCCAAAUGAGGAUCCCCUGCAGAUACACACAGAUCAUCAGAGAAGGGGGAGCCAAGCUAAGCAAAGCCACUUUUACUCAGAUCCCAGCAAAUAUCAACCGGAGCAGAAACACACAAAUAAUAAUCCUCACAGUGGUCAUAAAAAUAUACACAAUGAGGCGGACGCACAAGGGAAUAAAACAAACUAUCGCAUUAGCAUCUGCGCAGCGGAAGGGGACAGUAAAGGAAAACAUAUCGAUGGGGAAGGAAGCCUUCCUAUAGAAAGGACGUCCAUGCGUGGGGAAUCAAGCGAAUUAGCGGCAGGGCAAGGCUACCCCCCUGGACCAUCCGUUCAGACCGUACAGCAUGGUCGAAAUGGGAACACCGCAGAGGUGGUGAAUAAGACACAAAUUGCAACUAACGAGUUUAAGAAGGAAAGAUCCAGUGCUGACCUGAGGGGGAAACCCAGCGGGGGGAGCAUCCUAAGAAGUAACACCCCACAGUACACUGAUAAUACGUCACGAACUCCCCAAGCGGAUAAUACAAUUCCUGCAGAGGAGAAACCCCAUUGUGUGCUCAAGAGGGGCAAGUCGAACGACGGGAAAUACAAGUGGUCUGAUUAUGGAGGAUCCAGUGUGAUGAGUGGAGACAGGAAAAACGGGUCUUCUUCCUGUGCGGCAGCUACCAAGGGAGGAGACCACGAGAGACCCCUUACAAAAUCAAAAACGAAUGUAAAGUAUUUGAUAAACCAGUACGAAAGUAAGAGGGAUAUUGUAGGUGCAUCAUCUCACAGUGUUAAAACUGCGUUGAUUUCUUCUAGGAGCAAAAAUGCAGAAGCCCUAAACGUCGGUAGUAACGGAAGUAGUACCUUCAACAGUGGAUCAAAUCAUCACUACAGAAGCAGAACGAAACGAGUGGAUAAUUCACUUAGUAAUACUAAACUACCCUCUUUUCAAGUCGAUAAAAAAAAAAAAUACCUCUACGAACGGAGCAUGAGCUCAUCAUUUGAAGUUAAGACAAAAGGAGGGGAUGCACAAAACGCCGCUAACAGCAUGAGGCAAAAUACCAUCAUAAGACAUUCUGACGUGGGUAAAAAUUUAUUGAAUACGCCCCUACUCAAUAAGGGAGAGAAAAGUAGUUUUCCUCACGCAAGUCACAGCAACAGUGUGAGCAGCAGAAACGAGGCCACUACCAAUGUCAGUGCCAAUUCGAAGAACUACGUCACGCCGCCGAGUCAUUCCAUGAAGAGAAAAAAUAACAUUGGUAUUUCAAUUCCAUUAAAAAAAAGUAUAUUAAGAAUGCUCCUUUUGUUUGUUCUGCGCGAGACGCGCGAAGGAAAACCUGAACAAGUAAACCCCAUCUGGUGGGUCACCCUGUGGAUGCAACGAAGA